AUGGCGGACGCUAUCCAGCUUCCCGCUGAGUCCGACCCUCAACACCUGCACGCUCCUCACGAGGGCAAUCCAGAUCCACUCGACGCCGACUCUUUCGAAUCCGACUCUGCUCUGGGUGACGACGUCUCCACCACAUAUACCGAAAGUCUGAGGUCAAGCAUACUGGAAAGCGUCGAGGAGAAUGGCCGUGGCUACCACAAAUACCAAGAUGGCCUAUACUUCAUCCCGGAAGACGACCAGGAGCAGGAGAGGCUGGACCUUCAGCAUGAGAUCUUCCUGAAGACUAUGCACCGUCAGCUCUACCAUGCCCCUCUCGACUGUACAGACGAUUUUAACGCCCUCGACAUUGGCACUGGUACCGGAAUAUGGGCCAUGGACUUUGCAGACGAAUUCCCUCAGGCCAAUGUAAUUGGUACCGAUCUCAGUGCCAUACAACCUCCAUAUGUCCCACCAAACUGCAAAUUCGAAGUUGAUGAUUUUGACCAAGAAUGGACGUUCCCUCAAAAGUUUGACUAUAUUCACGGUCGAAUGCUAGCUGGCUCACUUGGUAACCCUACAGCACUGUUCUCACGGGUCUACGACUCUCUGAAGCCGGGUGGCUGGUACGAGCUCCAAGAUUUUGCCUUUCCAGUACGGGCCGACGACGGCACAAUGGAUGGUACCCACUUCGAAAGACUCAACAAGUACCUUUGUGAUGCUCUCAAAGCGCUGAAACGAGAUGGAAGCUGGGCGGAGCGGUAUAAGGAGUUCAUGAUCGAAGCAGGAUUUCAAAAUGUGACGGAAAUCGUCUACAAAUGGCCGCAAAAUCGUUGGCCAAAGGACAAGGAGCUCAAGCAACUCGGGGAAUGGAACAUGAUCAACACUCUAGAUGGUCUUCACGGCUUCUCUGCACGCUUGUGUACCCAAGUCUUGGGCAUGUCCCCAGAAGAACUUGAACUUCUCCUUAUGGGAUGUAGGAAAGAGAUCCAAAAUCCGAGGAUCCAUGCUUACUGGCCAAUUUACGUCGUAUACGGUCAGAAGCCUAUUACUGGUACAUGA